AUGGUAUAUAUCAUAUUUCACUAUGCUGAGAUUGUGGCGGAACCAUAUUUCGCAUAUAGACGCCUCGGGGUCGCCAUCAGGUUUCUCUUGGUGCUGGAAGACUGGUCCGCCUAUCUCCUGUCCCUGGGGUUGGUGGAGCUGCAGCAGAAGGCAGAGUCUGAACAUCAGACAGCUCUAGCUGUCAUGGCUGGCGACCCUCUGCCUCCAAAGCCAGACAUCCGAUUCGUCCGCUCCACCAACCCAGCUCCAGCAUCUCUGGGACCAGCACCACCUCCAGCCGCAGCUCUGGCUACGUCUCCUGCGCCCGCCACACCUCUGGCCGCUGCUGCAGACACUGCUCCUCUGGGCGCUGCUGCAGAAUCUUCGCCUCUUGCCGCCGCUGCAGCCUCUCCACUUUCAGCCGCCGCUGUCUUCUCACCUUCGGCCACAGUCCCCAUGGUGAUGGGGUCCCAGUGCCCCAGGGACUCCUCGUUGCCCCCUAGUGACUCCUCGUUGCCUCUUCCCAGUGCUCCCUCCGAGUGUCCUCCUCCCAGUGCUCCCUCCGAGUCUCCGCCUUCCAGUGGCCCCAGAGGUCCCUCAUCGCCCCUAGUGCCAUCCAAGACCCCUCGUCGUCCCCUAGUGCCCCCUCCAAAUCUCCGCCUCCCAGAGCCCCCUCCGAGUCUCCACCUCCGAGCCAUCUGCUGGCCCCCUGCGCUGAUGUCGCCCGCCAGACCCGCCUCCAGUGGUCCGCCCCCUGCGCCGACGUCGGCCGCCGGACCUCCCAAGACAGGUCGCCUCCUGCCCCUUCGGCCACUGGACUGUUCACGUCAGGCCCCACCCUGA